AUGGGUGUCUGCGCCUCAUGUCUGGGGCACGCCCGGCGCGACAGUCCGGAGCCUGAAUCCUCUCGUCUGCUCGAAGAAGACCCCUACCAGUCCGGAUACGGCUACGGGGCCCUCAACCACGCCAGCCAGGUCAACCAGCCCGACUCCGGGUACGUGCGGCGCGAACGUGAAGCCCUCGAAGCUAUCUGUCAGCGGACGUCUGAAUCCGUCAUCGAUAUCUGGUCCCUCCAGCCGCAGCCGCAUUUGCAACCACGGGCCACCCUGCGCGGCUCCGUGUCCCCGUCUACGUCGCGCCCCGAAAGCCAUGAUGGUGCCCCCGUGAAAAUCACCACUACCGCUGCCGAGACGCCCGAGGCGACUCGCCAGUCGGCUGCGGGCGAGCGUGGCGCCGUGCCGAAGCAUUGGGGCGAGGUGGUGAUCAACCCGCGGAAGGGGAAGAAGACGGGUGGACAAGACCUGGACAACGAGCGAGAUUUCUUUGGUGUCUUGAAGGUGACGUGA